ACCAACAACCAAUAUGGCGGCCAGCGUGUACUGUAGUGGAAAACUUUUACGAACCUUUGCCAGAAACUCUCAGAGUAGAGGCGUGAAUGCUUUAUUCCUAAGAUGUGCCAGUUCAUCACAAAAGCAAAAAUCCACUUCCAAAGGUGCACCUUCCAAAGCAGCUGGGAGAAACAUUGUUUUAGUGGAGGGAGUGCGAACUCCAUUUCUUAUGGCUGGAACCAGCUAUGCUGAUCUUCUGUCACAUGAUAUUCAAAGAGGAGCAUUAGAGGGUCUUGUUACAAGGACUGGUAUUAGUAAAGAUGUUGUUGAUCACAUUGUCAUUGGUACAGUUAUUCAAGAGGUCAAAACCAGCAAUAUUUCACGAGAGGCUGCUCUGGGUGCUGGCUUCUCAGACAAGACUCCAUGUCACACUGUGACCAUGGCUUGUAUCUCAUCAAAUCAGGCAAUUACCUCAGCUGUUGGACUAAUUGCAAGUGGUCAGUGUGACACUGUGAUUGCUGGAGGAGUUGAAUUCAUGUCAGAUGUUCCCAUCAGACUCAGCAGACCACUUAGAAAAACUCUGCUGUCUUUAAAUAAGGCCAAAUCUCUUGGUGCAAGACUUGGGCUUCUUUCAAAAAUCAGACCAAAAUUUCUCUCUCCUGAGCUGCCAGCUGUGGCUGAAUUUUCUACUGGUGAAACCAUGGGACAUAGUGGUGACAGAUUGGCAGCUGCAUUCGGCAUCAGUAGGCAAGAACAGGAUGAAUAUGCCUUACGAUCUCACACACUAGCACAUCAAGCAGCAAGUGCUGGAAAGUUGGAAGAUGUUGUACCUUACAAAGUACCAGGUCGCACUGAAACUGUGACAGCUGAUAAUGGGAUCCGGGUCUCAACCAUGCAGCAGAUGGCAAAAUUAAAACCAGCAUUUGUUAAACCACAUGGCUCUGUCACUGCAGCUAAUGCUUCCUUUCUGACGGAUGGAGCCUCUGCUUGCUUGAUAAUGAGUGAAGAUAAAGCUCUGGAGAUGGGAUUCAAACCCAAAGCAUACCUGAGGGAUUUUGUAUAUGUCUCACAGGAUCCCAAAGAUCAGCUUUUAUUGGGACCAGCUUACUCCACACCCAAAGUUCUGGAGAAGGCUGGACUCAAGUUGCAGGACAUUGAUGUUUUUGAAUACCAUGAAGCAUUUGCAGGUCAAAUUCUGGCCAACUUGAAAGCUAUGGAUUCAGACUGGUUUGCACAGAACUACAUGGGAAGAAGCUCAAAGGUUGGGGUCCCUCCAAUGGAAAAAUUAAACACUUGGGGCGGCUCCCUUUCUAUUGGUCAUCCAUUUGGUGCCACUGGAGUUCGAUUGGUCACCACAACUGCCAACAGACUUCUUAAGGAAGGUGGUCAAUAUGGGCUGGUUGCUGCAUGUGCUGCUGGAGGUUUGGGUCACGCAAUGGUUGUGGAACGAUAUCCGUCUUGAACUAAAUUAAGCAGAAGACACAAUAUUCUGAUUGUGCCUGAAAAUUACAGAUCACUGGUAAACUAUCUAUAAAGCUGCACCACAUGAUAGGCAUGCAAAUUUUGAAGGAUGGUAAUUUUCUACAGUGUUUGAGGCAAUAGGAGCUAGUCAACAUGUGAUACUCGUCUCAUUCAAGUCUCUUGUUAUUGGUUUAUCUUUUUGACUUGAAGCCAACUAAUAAAGUAAGACUUGAUAAAAGAA